AUGAUAAAAAGGUAUCUGAAGAUAUACCCAUCCAUUUACUACACCAAACAUGUGAAGACAGCCCCCGAAGUGAAUGAACAUUCCACCCUGUUGAAAAAGGAUUACGUAUUUAAUCAGUAUGGUGGACAGGAAGUUUUCCUAAAUAAUAAACUAAAGAAGGGACAGGACGAAAACCAAGUAAAGAGAAUCUACUACUUCAAAUUGUGGAACGCCCUCACCGAGCAUAACUUCACUCUUUUUGAAAAUACGAUUCAACAGUUUUUAAAUGAAGGACACAAAUAUGACGAGGUUAUCUACUCCAUUUUGGUCCACUCGUACGUGUUAAACCAUAAGAAGAAGAAUGAAAAUGCCUACCUUGUGAUCGAAGAAAUGAAGCGUAGCUACAUGCACCCGGCCAUCAUAAAGUUCAACGAGAGGAUGAUCAACUCGUUCCUAGAACUCGAGAUGAUUUUCUGCGAACCGUCCAAAAGCCUAUGGAUAAACAUAUGCCGACUGGCUUGGGAGACUUCUAUAAAGCUCAACAGAGAAAGGAAGAGGAAACUAAAGGAGAAGCUGAAAUUAAUGCCUCCACAGGAUGUGCUAACAUUAACUAAGGAAGACUUAAAGCUUAUGCUGAUGAAGGAGUAUGAAGAUGCUUUAUUAAAUAUGGUUGACACGAUGGUGUUGGAAGAUGAAUCCUCAUAUGAUCAUGUCUUAAUUGGGAAUGAGGAAAUGGAUGAUUCGAUUGGAGAAAUAGUAGACGGCGGGGAGGGCGGAGUUACGCAGAAAGCCCACCUUCCGCAGGGACUUAAUCAUCCCCUUUUAGCACAACCUGAUGAAAGGAACAAACACACAUACAACCAUGAACAGUUUCAUUUUCAUAACGACUCAGCUGAUGGGAUGUACUAUCCAAGGGAUGGCACCGAAAACUUUAAGGAUGGUUUCUCUUUUUUAUACGGACAGGGUACAGGACAGGGGGAAGUAGAAGGUACCUUGGGCGAUGGAGACUUCCAAAGUUUUAUGGAGGUCGGACGGGAAGAUCCACUCAACAAAGACGUGCUCGAAAAUGCGAAUGAAGAUGGAACGGAAGAUUCGUUUGAAGACAACGAAGAUGGAACGGAAGACUCGUUUGAGGAUAACGAAGAUGAAACGGAAGACUCGUUUGAGGAUAACGAAGACUUUGAUAUUCAGCUUUUAAAGAAGUACUAUAAUUUAAAGUAG